AUGAAAACCCCCACCGGAACUCGAUCUUCUCCGGCCACCGGAGCCGAAGGCGGCUGGUCCGAUGAGGCCACGUUUACACUCAUCGACGUCUGGGGAAAACUUUAUAAUAAAGUUAACCGGAAAAUCUUCCGUCAGUCUCACUGGAAGGAGGUUGCAAAAGCCGUCAACAGCUACCACGGCUACGACAGAAAAUUGCGCCGCACUUACGCUCAGUGCAAAAGCCGAAUCAACGCGCUCAAGAAGAAGUAUACGAUCGAGAAGGCUAGGGUUUCUGAUUCCAGCGAGUACGAUAAUGUAUGGCCGUUUUUCGAGAAACUUGAUUCGGUCAUUGGAGAUAAUUUACCGCCGAAGAAUCUCUCUCCGCCGUUUGAUCCUCCUGUUAAGGUUCCGGCAUGGGUGCUUGCACCGGUCGGUCGUCGAUCCAGCACUCAGAAACAACCUGUGCCGGUGACAACUUCUUCUUUGGAGAGGUUGGAUGAAUCAAGUUUUUGCCGGAAUUUAGCUGUCUUUGCUGCAGCGGCUGCUGCAGCCGCCGAAGCAGAGAUUGAAGAUUCCAACUCUGAUGAUUCAGCUUCGGAUGAGUUGGAGUUGAGUAACGAGAGCAAGAAGAGGAAGAGAGGAAGAAUUGAUGUGGAAUUUGGGCUUAGAGAGGUUGCAAGUGCUGCAGAGAAGUUUAGUGAGAUACACGAGAGAGUGGACGCAUCGAAGCAGAGAAAAAAUGUGGCUUUGGAGAAACAGAAGAUGCAUUUUUCUAAGGAUUCUCAGAGGAUGCAGCUUCGUAAAUCCAACCACUCAAAGUGA